AAAAAAAAAGAGCCAAAAAGAAGGACAAUGAAGCAAGAGCCAUUAUCCACUACAGAUAUCUCUUUCGCCCUUUGGAACAACGUCGCCUCCUCACCGUUGUCUGUUCCAGACGGUGUGGUCCCUUCGGCACACCGCGACGUCCAUCACCGGCCGCGCUGGCUUAGAUUCCCCAACCGCCCCGCCACCGUACGAUCCCCCCAGAAGAUGACGGCAGCGACUCCGACUCCGACUCCGACGCCCAGAAGAGCCUCAACCUGAAGUAGCGCGAGGCUCAACGGCGACAUGGAGCUCGCUUCCUUCUCCCAUCCCCAAAUCAAGGGUAUCCUCAGAUACUGCUGGGAAAAAGAGACGUGUCUUGAAGGCGGCGCGAUUUUGAGCUCUCAUGGGCUUCGUGGAUAUAAUGAUGUCCAAUAAGAUUCAUUAUCGCUUCUCUGGAGCAACCGGCGUUGGACGCUCGGAUGCUUGCGAAGAGACUGGGACUGGAUGUUCGAGAAGGAAAGCGAAGGCAGUUCGAUUUCAUUGGGAAGUCGCUGCGAGAAGUUGAACCUGAGUUAAUGGAUGCUUCGAUUGAGGCCACAAAAGAUGGUGACGAGAGCAGGCUGCGAGCUUUAUCUGUAUUAGAGGCCUGGUUUGGCGAAGAUAAUGACAAAGGAGGAGAAGAUUUCGAACAUGAUCACGGGGAAGAGGAGGGGGUGCCUGGUUUUUAUUUGUUGCUGAAAAAAAGAAGAGAAAAAUCUGCAUUGCCUACCGCUGCUACUCAAAGUUUCAUUUGCAUCCUCUUAGAGGAAAAGGAGUUCAGCUUGUACGGGCUGCGUGAGGAGUCCACUUCCCUAUCAUUGGAAACAGACUUUGCUGGGUACAAAUCUUUCAAGCAUACACUUAAAAUCCUAGCUUCAUACUUACCGAGAGCUGCUGAUUUCUACAAGUGUUCUAAAUCAUGUAAUCCUUAUUCAUCGAAUUAGAUAAAGUAGACCUCACAGCACGAUAUGGGCGUGUUGCAUUUACCCAUUGACAUCCAUUCCCACAUACUCUGAUUCCAUUUAUUAUCACUCAAAACAACACUCGCCCACCCCGCACCCGCAUCACAUGCUCUCUUUUAUGGGUGAUCUUGGGUACUUAACUAGGCCAGCAUAUUCGAAGCCUAAAAGCUCGUUUGAUCUGUCUAGAAAAAUAAGUACUGAGAAUUUAAGUACGUAAUAUCAAGUGUGGACAGUUUUAUGUGCUAAAG